AGGAUGCAUCCUCUGUCUCUCCUUUGUGUCGUUGUGACGGUCUCUGUCACCUUGGCACGUCCUCACCGCCCUCAUGCCUCCUCAGAGAUGGUGGACCUUAUUAACAAAGCCAACACCACCUGGACAGCUGGGCAGAACUUCUACAACAUUGACAUCAGCUAUGUGAAGGGACUGUGUGGGACAAUACUGAACGGACCCAGGCUGCCAGAGGUGGUUCACAAUACUGAAGGCAUAAGGCUUCCCGACAGCUUCGACCCGCGCCAGCAGUGGCCUAACUGUCCCACAAUCAAACAGAUCAGGGACCAGGGAUCCUGCGGGUCCUGCUGGGCCUUUGGGGCAGUUGAGGCGAUAUCCGACAGGUUGUGUAUCCACAGCAGUGGUCAGGUUUCUUUGGAGAUCUCCGCUGAAGAUCUGCUCUCCUGCUGUGAUGAAUGUGGCAUGGGCUGUUUCGGUGGUUAUCCAGCUGUUGCGUGGCAGUUCUGGGCGAAAAAAGGGCUUGUGACAGGAGGCCUGUAUAACUCCAACGUUGGCUGCCGACCCUACAGCAUCCCUGCCUGUGAGCAUCAUGUGAACGGGACCCGUCCUCCGUGUCAGGGAGAACAGGAGACUCCUAAGUGUGUGGAGCAGUGCGCUGAUGGAUACUCUCCAUCCUAUCAGAAGGACAAAACCUUUGGUAAGCACGCAUACAGCGUCCCGUCCAAACAGGAGCAGAUCAUGACCGAGCUGUACAAGAACGGGCCUGUGGAGGCAGCUUUCGCUGUGUAUGCAGAUUUUCUGCUGUACAAGACUGGUGUGUACCAGCAUGUGACAGGAGAGAUGCUCGGCGGUCAUGCCAUUAAGAUCCUCGGCUGGGGGGAGGAGAAUGGGAUGCCCUAUUGGCUCGCUGCAAACUCCUGGAACAGUGACUGGGGAGAUAAAGGUUUCUUCAAGAUCAAGCGUGGAAAUGAUGAGUGUGGCAUUGAGUCAGUGGUGGUUGCAGGAAUCCCACUCAACUAGAUGUUAUGUGCUGGUUGUAAAAACAAUUAUCAAAUUAAGUCAUUCAAGAAAGAUUAAAAUAA